GUUUUCUGGCUGUGGAUGCAACUAGUGACCUCUGCUUGAACUGGGACCAUGGACAUUAAAGAAUACUUUGAAAGAAUUGGUUAUCAGAAUUCCAGGAACAAACUGGACUUGCAAACAUUAACUGAAAUCCUUCAGCACCAGAUACGAGCUGUUCCCUUUGAGAACUUGAACAUCCAUUGCGGGGAACCCAUGGAGCUGAGCUUAGAGGCCGUCUUUGAUCAUGUCGUGAGGAAGAAGCGGGGUGGCUGGUGCCUCCAGUUGAACAAUCUUUUCUACUGGGCUCUGACCACGAUGGGAUUUGAGGCCAUAAUGUUGGGAGGACAAGUUUAUAACUCCCCCGCCUGCAGAUAUAGCAAAACCUUGAUUCAUCUCCUGCUUAUGGUGACCCUCAGUGGCAAAAAGUAUAUUGUGGAUGCUGCAUUCCCAUUUUCCUGCCAGCCGUGGGAGCCUCUGGAAUUAAUUUCUGGGAAGGAUCAGCCUCAGGUGCCUGCCAUCUUUCACUUGACAGAAGAGAAUGGAACUUGGUACCUGGCCCAAACUAAAAGGCAACAUUAUGUUCCAAACCAAGAAUUCAUUGAUUCUAGCAUUCUUGAGAAGAAUAACCACAGAAAAAUAUUCUCUUUUACUCUUGAACCUCGAACGAUUGAAUAUUUCAAGUCUGUGAGUGAAUAUGCCCAAACAUCUCCAACUUCUGUAAUGGUCAAAACAUCACUUUGCUCCCUGCAGACCCAAGAAGGGGUUCAUGGCUUACUGGGCACCACUCUUGUCUACAAAAAGUUUAAUUAUAAGGACAAUGUUGAUCUGGUAGAAUUUAAGACUCUGAAGGAAGAAGAAAUAGAAGAAGUACUCAAGCAUAUAUUUGGUAUUAAUUUGGAGACGAAGUUUGUGCCCAAACGCGGCGAUUUUUUUUUUACUAUUUAGGGGGAAAGGUCUACAAUGUUUCUAUAUGUACUUAUUCUUUCAUGAUAAAACAAUCAAAUUAUGCAAAUUAUGUGAGUGAAUAAUAAGUAUUGAAUCAUUAUCACAAAGUUCAUCAAGGACUGACUUGUGACAGUAUCUGUCUGACAGACUGUUAUCAACAUCUGUCCCCUGCAUUAUGUUGAGAAAAUCCUAGACAUCAAAUUGCUUUUCCUAUAAAAUUACCCAUUUCUGUAGCUAGAUGACUUUUAGACAAACAUAUCAUUUAACAUUUAAUUGCAAUAAA